AUGGCCCCAGCUCCAAUUGACCCACGCAUCGUCGACGUCGCGCCGCCCCGGAAAGAUACUCUGGCUCUGCCUUCAGCGGCUCGAGAGCGUCUAGAAAAGUCCGGGGUUGAUCUCUCUGCUGGCUAUCCGUACCGUCCUUCUCGUCCGCUCUACCUGGACGAUGUCUACAAUAUCCGCAACGAGGACCGAGAGCAUGUGGAUCCUGGUUCUCGAGCCGAUCCCGAAAAGAAGGCCUUGCUCUCGGCAGCCAAGGAAGUGAUUCAUUUGACAAGGCAUAUUGGAACAGAGAUUGUCGGUCUCCAGCUCAAGGACCUUACCGACAAGCAAAAGGAUGAACUAGGUCUAUUAAUCGCCGAGCGGAGCGUGGUCUUCUUCCGAGACCAAGACAUCUCUCCGCAACAGCAGAAGGAGCUGGGCGAAUGGUUUGGAGAAGUCGAGGUGCACCCUCAAGUCCCGCAAGUGCCCGGGUUUCCCGGUGUCAGUGUCCUCUGGCCAGCUCUCAUGGCCAGCGAGGGUGUAGCGCCUGGCUUCCGUCGCCCUGGAGGCGCUUCUCGCUGGCACACUGAUUUGGUCCAUGAGCGCCAACCCGCCGGGGUCACCCAUUUGCACAAUGACACCAUCCCCACCGUCGGUGGAGACACCCUCUGGGCAAGCGGAUACGCUGCAUACGAGAAAUUGUCCCCAGCUUUCCGCAAGAUCAUCGACGGACGGACCGCUAUCUACCGGUCUGCGCAUCCUUACCUGGACCGCAGUAACCCCGAGGCAGGUCCUAAGUACGUCGAGCGAGAGCAUCCGCUGGUUCGCGUUCAUCCGGCGACCGGCUGGAAGGCCCUCUGGGUCAACCGGGCCAUGACCGAUCGGAUUGUCGGCUUGGAUAAAGCGGAGAGCGAUGUCAUUCUAGGAUAUCUUUACGAUGUGUACGAGAAGAAUGUCGACAUCCAAGUCCGCUUUCGGUGGAGUCCCAAGACCAGUGCUCUUUGGGAUAACAGAAUCACGAUCCAUAAUGCCAGUUGGGAUUACGAGGGCUCAGAGCCAAGGCAUGGAACCAGAGUGACGUCCCUCGCUGAGAAGCCAUACUUUGAUCCCAAUGCGCCAACUCGCCGAGAAGGACUGGGCCUGCUGGGCAAGGACGAGAUCGAGGAGUUGGGUAAACAAUGA